AGUACAUCUGAACUUUGCUAGGGCAACCCAUCCGAACAAGGCUUCCGGUUCCUGCAAAGGAAGUUGCCCUUUCAUAUCCGGUUCGCGUUUCCCGAAGGGGAGAAAGCGUGGAGGCGAAAGUUGGGGCUCAUCCCGGUAAGAUGUCGACUCGAAAAAGACAUCGGACGGGAGAGCAUCCGCGUGAAGUAACCGUUUCCGAAGAGGACGUCCACCGAGCUCAGCACUUGGCUCUUCUAGCGGAAAAGCCUGCCUCGGAGCGUGGCCUGGAGGAGCUGGUCUUCGGAGAUGUGGAGGAAGGCGAAGGUUUGCUGCGGCGUUUUCAAGGCUCGUGCGCCCAGGCUGGUGAUAUGGUUAGUGGUAACCUUCUUGAAGAAGAAUCUGGUGAUUCUGAAACGGAGAACGAUACAGAAGACAACUUCCUUCCACUGAAAAAGCCAGCAUGGGAAGAUGAGGAUGAUGAAACUGAAGAAAUAAUUGACAUGACACAUCGGUAUCGGAAAAACCUGAUGAAAAGUGAUGCAGAAAAGAAGCUUUCAAAACGAAAACUUCAAAGAAGAUUUCAAGAACAGUUUCAAGGUGCUAUGGGAACAACGCCUUCUUGGGCACUGAGAGGUGUGAAGAACAAAACAAGGAAAACCAGACAUGAAGAUGACAGUGGGGAUGAAGAGGAUGGUGAUCUGUUACGCAAGACGGGCAAUUUUGUGGUCAUGUCAGACUCUUUACCAAGAGGCAUUUUACAGAUGAAAAAUUGCUUGCAUGCCAAUAAUGAACGUAUAUCAGAUGCCAAACUGACAACUGUGCAAUUCCAUCCUACUGCUCAAGUUGUUAUGACAGCUGGGCAUGAUCGAUCUAUAUCACUAUUCCAGGUGGAUGGUAUCACAAAUCCAGAGAUACAGAGCAUUCACUUGGAAGACUUUCCAAUUUACAAGGCACGUUUCAGUGCAGAAGGAGAACAGGUUAUAGCUACUAGCAUACGUAACAAGCUAUUUUAUAUAUAUGACAUGAUGGAAGGAAAAAUUAUUCCCAUAAAUCAUAUCAGAGGUUUAGAGGAGAAGAUUAUCAAAAAAUUUGAAGUGUCUCCAGAUGGAAAGUUCCUCCUGCUUAGUGGGACAUCAGGUUAUCUUCAUUUGAUUACAAUGAAGACAAAAGAAUUUGUUGGAAGCAUGAAAAUAAAUGGAAGGGCUGUUGCAUCAUCAUUCUCUCCAGAUGGCAGCAGAAUCUACACACAUUCUGAUAUGGGGGAAGUCUUCAUAUGGGAUGUGAAAAGCAGGCGGUGUCUGAACAGGUUUACUGAUGAAGGUUGUCUGCAUGGUACUUCUAUUGCAGUCUCUAAAAACAGCCAAUAUAUUGCAUGUGGUUCUAGUUCUGGAGUUGUGAAUGUGUAUGCCCAUGACGAUUGUGUCAGAGAAACAAGUCCUAAGCCUCUUAAAGCUAUAAUGAACUUAGUCACGCCUGCUACAUCAUUAGCAUUCAAUCCAACCACUGAAAUACUAGCAAUGGCUUCUAAUAGAGUCGACAAUGCACUGAAACUGGUCCAUGUUCCUUCAUUUACAGUAUUCUCAAAUUUUCCUGUGUUCAGGAGAAAGUUAUUAUAUUUAGCAUACUGUAUGGAUUUCUCACCAAGAAGUGGAUAUUUUUCCAUAGCAAACAACAAAGGCAAAGCUUUAUUGUAUAGGUUGAAACACUACUCUGAUUUCUAAAACGACUACCUUAGAAUCGGGUAAUUAUUAAAUUAAGUCGAAGGCUUAAAUUGUUGCAAAGAUUGGAAGGAUUUAUUUCAUCUCUUGCAAAAAAUGGUUUCUUCAUUUAUACAUAACAAAAUGUAGGAUUCAAGAAAUUGUACAAAAGCAUGAUGGAAGUUUAGGGAUAUCGAAUUUGAGACAGUUUAUAUAAUUAAGAAUUGAAAUAAUGAAAUAAUAACAACGUGAGUUACCAUUCCUUUUUAUUCUAUUCUUUUUUGGUUUUGGUAAUGAGGAUAAAUACAUUCAAGGAAAUAGAAAAUAAACAAUUCUGUAAUACAAGAAGUAUCCUUCAAGUUGAACUUGAUUCCUUCAUGGACUUGUAGUUUUCUUGAAAAUAACAUGGAAGUGGCUUGCUAUUACCUUCUAAUGGCAUUUGGGGGCAGGGGGGAUUUCCCAGUAUAGCUCACAGUCCUGGGAUUCCUGUUGGUUUCCCAUCCACGUAUUAACCAAGUCUGACCAUGCUUAGCUUUUCAGUAUUAGCCAAGGACAAUUAAAUGUUGCCACAUAGCUGGGAUUUUAUACAAUUAAAUGAUUAAUAGAGAUGCCAUUGGUACUGAAUAUGUUUUGCAAAAGGAAUUACCACACCUUUAACUAUGGUUUGAAAAGAAUCAGCCUCAAUCACUGCAUCAUAAAAUGUAUUGGUCUUAAAACCAAUAUAACAUCUGAAAAAUUAGGUAUAUCAAUUUAAGAGCAAAGGGAUUUUACCAUUGUUAUUUAUGAUUCUUAUAUUGAGUAUGACAUUCUCUUGAAAUUCUGGGAGGAUAAUUUCGGAUGGAAGUUGCUGAAUCCUACCAUUUUGUGGCCUAGAAUUUCUUUUAAAUCUAAUCACAAUUACUCUGUCCUUUUGGUUGAAACUUUGAGGAAAUUGGGAAUAACACCCAACAAUGUCUUACAGUGAACCCUGCUGUUGGUUUAUUGUCCAUGUUUCCUAACACAUAUAAAUGCAACAUAAGAAAUUGAUUCAGCAUUAUUAUCUCAAAACAUUGGAGAAUUAAAGGGCAACUUUCAUUGGCUCAAUGGAAUUUAAUACUAUGGAAAAUAGUUCUGGCUGAAAAAUUGUACAAAACCUCAGAGCUUUGAAAGGUGAAACAAUAAAGGAUGAAAUUACUCAAAUCUGAUCACCAGUUACAUUAACAGUACUUUUCCUAAUGAAUUACCUUCAGAUAUACAAAUCUUAUUUUGGGUAGAAAUGUUGAAUAUGGAUUUUUAAAUGUUAUUUAUCCUUAAAAUCACAUCUGUGUUUGCAUGAGUGUGUUUCCUAUUUUUUUUUCUCUAAUUGUGUUUGUUUUUCUUACUGGUUUGUUUUUAUUUUUAAUUAAACACAUUAAUUAAAUUAAAUUUAAAAUAUUAUACUUCCUUACUUAUCAGUGAAUGUUAUCAAGACAAAUGCCACCGUAGAUUAAAAGCUCUUUGACCCCACAGGGUAUUUAAUCAGUGUAAGAAUAGUUGGAGUGGUCAUCAACUGCUCCUCUCUGCAAGGUGAAAUAGAACUCUAAUAUGCAGUGUGCAUGUAUGACUGGCAGAAGGUUCUGCUGAAACAAUCAGUCUACUAAUCAGCAGGACAAUGAUUAGCAACCAUCAAGUAUCAGUCUAUCCUCACUUUCAUAACAUUUGUGAGAAUAGGAUCAAAAUCUUUAAUUGCAAAUGUUAUCAGUAAGCUUCUUCUAAUAAACUAAAAUAUUGUGAGGAUGUGCAAAUUGGUGUGGCUCUGUCAAGAAUUUACGUAAGUUUAAAUAGCAAAAAAAGACAGUUGUUAAGUAUUUGUGUACAUUAGCUUGUGAGAAUUUCUCUUCU